GUAAGGUUAACGAUACCCGCGUAAAAAAGGUUUUGUUUGUUAUUGCUGUUAGUGAAAAACAAUACAAUGAACAAUAAUAAUUUGAGUGAUUGUGAAGAUCAUGAGACAAAGCCAGUAAGCACAAAAAAAGAGAAAAUGUACAGGUCGGGUAAGAGAUGCUACCAAGUUAAUGAGGCUUCAGUUAUAUGUAACUGGUGAUGCCUGUCAAUGCCGACGAUACAGAUGUUUUGAAAAGAUAACUGCAGAUGAAAGAAUGGACAUUGUACGAAAGUUUAAUCUAAUAAAAAGUUGGAAUGAUCAAACAGCCUAUUUAACUGAUCUAAUUUCUCUUUCUCCAGUGGCUCAGCGCCGACCUCGAUUACCGGAAGAUGAGAGUGUCCUGAGAACUUCAACGUUUUAUUACAAGGUGCGUAUAGUUCGUGAGAAUGUAGCAGUUGAAGAGCGAGUUUGCAAGAAUGCGUUUGUUUCUCUACAUGGUUUAACAAGACGUAGAAUAGAAACCAUACAAAAAACUCUCUAGAUGAGUGGAACUGCACCUAUUGAUAAACGCGGCAGACAUUUGAAUAGAAAACACAAACUAAGCGUUGAAACUAAAAACAAAAUUUUAGAAUACAUUAAAAGUUUCAAGGCUAGAUCAAGCCACUACAGUCUUAAUAAAACUAAGAGAAUUUAUUUAUCUGCCGAGCUAAAUGUGAAAAAAAUGUAUGAUAUGUUUAAAGAAAAAUUUCCUCAAGUUAAAGCUAGUUAUGAAACUUACCGCUCCAUAUUUUGCAAGUUUAAUAUAUCCUUUGGAUAUUCCCGUAGUGAUACUUGUAGCUUCUGCGACCAAUUAAAAGUACGGAUUGAUGCAUGCCAAGAGGAAAAGGUCAUUAAGGAUUUGAUGUUUCAACAAAAACAACAUCUAGCGAAAGCCGAGGUAUUCUACGCACGUAAAAAGCAGGCCAGGUUGAGGAGUCGAACAAAGGCAGACACAGAAGCAAUAUGCAUAGAUUUCGGAAGAAAUUUGCCCAUGCCGAAUUUAUCCACGAAUGAUGUGUACUACAGCCGGCAGUUAUCAUUAUUUUCAUUUAUUGUACACAAACUCUCAAAUUCUGAAGUAUUCUUCUAUGCUUAUCCUGAGACAGUAGGAAAAAAGGGUGCGAACGAAGUCUGCUUAUUUUUAUUUGAUUAUAUUACCUUGAAGUUACCUGCUGAAGUUAGAAAUUUACAGAUAUUCUGUGAUUCGUGCUCCGGACAGAAUAAGAACUUUGCAGUGUUCAAAUUUUUACAUUACUUAGUUCAUCAUCGUUCCAAGCUUGAGUCCACUGAAGUCACAUUCUCCAUUCGAAGUUACUCCUACAUGGAAUGUGAUAAGGAUAUGGGGACCUUAAACGGAAAGUUUCGGGCAGAAGUACCAAAUGACUGGUGUAAACACAUAGAAACCACUCGUUUAACGCCCGCACCAUUUCUUGUUGAAAAAGUUGAUUGUUAUAUGAUUAGAAAUUGGACAGAUUUUCUAUCUGCAAUGUAUAUGAAAAAAUGUCCUUUCGCCACAUGUCCAAUCCGGCAAUUAAAAACUACCAAGGAACAUCCUUGCUUAGUUUUUUAUCGAAAUACUUACAAUGGUCUUUGGAACUCGUCAGUUAUUGUACCUCCAAGAAAAAAGAGAAUCACGGGUCCGCCGCUACCCGACGGUCAGUUUUACCACCCACCAGUCGCAACUUUUGGAUAGUAGGCUCGUUUUGAGUUUUGCAACAAUUUAAUUAUCAGUGAUUUUUUUUAUACAGAUGAUACACCUAUACCUUUGGAAAAAUACAAGAACCUGCAGAAGUUAAAAAAAUUUUGCACCCCAGAGAGUCAGCUUUUUUAUUCUAAUUUAAAACACAAGUAGAGACAACUCCUUGGCUUGCUUUUUUCAGUUCAUCCCAUAAGAACCGAACGCAGAAGAGAAGUUUUAUUUUUUUCUAUUAUAACAAGCAUUCUUUAAUAAAUACCUACAUAUAAAUAAAAUAAUACAUUAUACUUUAUAUUUGGUAAAUAAACAACAGAGUAUAAAUAAUUAUUUAAGCAAAAUUUAAAUAUAAAUUAAUCAAUCGCCACUGACUUAGCAGUUUGUUUCUUUCAUUGUAUAAGUAUAUACAAUGAAAGAACGUGCUAAGUCAGUGACAUAACACCUUUUUCCCCGGUAUUCGGAGUUGUAUGAAACUUCGACACAUUGUGGUAAAGUACCAGUUUGAUAUUAUAUUACAAAAUGUCAUUGAGGACAUAGAGCAAGGUCAUAGCUUCAAUAUGAUGGCAAAUAAAUAACCAUUUUGCAAGCUGUGUAAUUAUCGUAGCGUUUCUAACCUUAAAAUUCGUUUCCUGUCAAAAAAUAGAAAACUGACUUGGCACGUUUUUCCCCUGUGGUCU